UUAGUGAGUCCUCUCCCUUCUCCCCUCCUCAACGUCUCCUCCCUCCUGCGCCUGCAAAAAUAAAGAGAGAAUCUAGAGAUAGAGAGAGAGAGAGAGGGAAGGAAGGAAACGGAAUAAGAGGAAGAACAGAGAAAUCCUCUCUGAUAAGUUACAUUCGUCUCAUCAUCAUCUCUGUUUCUCUCUCGCUCUCUCUCUGUGUCUGCGUCUGAAUUGGAUUUUGUACUGUUCGGGUAAUUAUAAGCGUAUUCGAUCGGUUUUGUCCGUUUCUUCGUCCAUGGCUUCCUCAUAAGGAAGUUGGGGGGAGUUGGAGGUUGUUUCGUUCUGAGGAGCGGGAAGAUGUCUCUGAAGAGCAGAGCAGAGCCGCCUUCUUCUAGCUCCAGAAGUGUGCUCUCCAAGAAAUGGACUCUGCUGCUCUGCGUCGGCUGCUUCUGCGCUGGAAUGCUCUUCACUGAUCGGAUGUGGAAUGUGCCCGAUUCGAAAGGGAUCACCCGAACGACCUCCGUGGAAGCUGAGAAAUUGAAAUUAAUUUCAGAAGGUUGCAAUCCACCAAGUCUGCAUCAGAAGGAAGUAAGGCGGGACUCUAAGGAGAUCAUCGGGGAAGUCUUCAAGACUCAGAAUGCCAUUCACACGUUGGACAAGACCAUUUCGAACCUGGAGAUGGAAUUGGCAGCAGCAAGAGCUGCACAGGAGUCUGUACUUAGCAGAUCUCCUCAGUCAGAGGACUCAAAAAUGAACCGGCCAUCUAGAAGGAGAAGGUAUCUUAUGGUAGUAGGAAUAAAUACCGCUUUUAGUAGCCGGAGACGAAGAGAUUCGGUUCGAGCUACAUGGAUGCCUCAAGGUGCAAAGAGAAAGAGGCUGGAAGAGGAGAAAGGCAUCAUUGUUCGCUUUGUAAUCGGUCAUAGUGCCACACCUGGGGGUAUCCUUGACAGGGCCAUAGAAGCAGAGGACUUGAAACAUGGAGAUUUCCUUAGGCUGGACCAUGUUGAAGGGUAUCUCGAGCUAUCUGCCAAGACAAAGAUUUAUUUUGCUACUGCUGUUUCUUUGUGGGAUGCAGAUUUUUAUGUCAAAGUCGAUGAUGAUGUCCAUGUAAAUAUUGCCACACUGGGAGAAACUUUAGUUAGACAUCGACCCAAACCACGAGUAUACAUCGGGUGCAUGAAGUCUGGUCCAGUACUAUCACAGAAGGGAGUGAGAUACCACGAACCCGAGUACUGGAAAUUUGGCGAGUCAGGGAAUAAGUAUUUCCGUCAUGCUACAGGGCAGCUCUAUGCCAUUUCGAAAGAUUUGGCAACAUACAUAUCAAUUAACCAGCAUGUGCUGCACAAGUAUGCCAAUGAAGAUGUCUCGUUAGGUUCUUGGUUCAUAGGACUUGAUGUGGAGCAUAUAGAUGACCGGAGACUAUGCUGCGGCACUCCACCAGAUUGCGAGUGGAAGGCUCAGGCAGGCAACAUCUGUGUUGCUUCAUUCGAUUGGACCUGCAGCGGGAUUUGCAGAUCCGCAGAUAGAAUCAAGGAAGUCCAUCGGCGGUGCGGUGAAGGUGAAAAUGCUCUAUGGAGUGCGACUUUCUGAGGCUAGAAAGCUUCUAUUUCUUCCCGACUCAGGAGGAAAACAGAGCAUGAUUACAGAUUCACGUCAGCUCGUCUUAGAAUCCUCUUUUUGGCACUUCGUAUAUAUAGAAGUAAUUUCACAUUAUAGAGAGACAGAGACAGAAGGGCUUUGCUUUGUGACCACCUCCAUUUUAUUCUCGAGAAAGUGGCCAUAAGUGGCCAGACAAAAGGGAGGAAACCCCGCAACCCAUUCUUUGAUGCUUUGGAGGCUAAUCGGUUUGUAAUUUACUGUUCCACAGAGGCUAACAAAGCUACUAAUAAAGAGAAAUUUGAUGUUGUGGCAUGCGCGCCCUUGUCUUUCGAGUUCA